CUGUGACCCCUCCAUCCAGCUAUGCCCCUGCUGCCUAGCACCAUGGGCCUGGCAGGCCUGCUCUUCUGGGCUAGCCAAGCAGUGAACGCCUUGAUGAUGCCUAAUGCUACCCCGGCCCCAGCCCCGCCUGAGAGCACAGCUGUGCGGCUCCCGAGUGGCCUGGGGGUGCCCAGGUACCGCCGGAGGCGCCACAUCUCUGUGAGAGACAUGAAUGCCUUACUGGAUUAUCACAACCACAUCCGAGCCAGCGUGUACCCACCUGCUGCCAACAUGGAAUACAUGGUCUGGGACAAGCGGCUGGCCAGGGCUGCCGAGGCCUGGGCCACCCAGUGCAUCUGGGCACAUGGGCCUUCACAGCUGAUGAGAUAUGUGGGCCAGAACCUCUCCAUCCAUUCUGGCCAGUACCGGUCCGUGGUGGAUCUCAUGAAGUCCUGGUCUGAGGAGAAGCGGCAUUACUUGUUUCCCGCCCCGAGGGACUGUAACCCACACUGCCCCUGGCACUGCGAUGGCCCCACCUGCUCCCACUAUACCCAGAUGGUGUGGGCAUCCUCCAAUCGACUGGGCUGCGCCAUCCACACCUGUAGCAGCAUCAGUGUCCGGGGCAACACCUGGCAUCGGGCGGCAUACCUGGUCUGCAACUACGCCAUUAAAGGCAACUGGAUUGGCGAGGCCCCAUACAAGAUGGGAAGGCCGUGCUCCGCCUGUCCCCCCAGUUACCAAGGUAGCUGCAAUAGCAACAUGUGCUUCAAUGGGCUGAAAUCCAACAAGCUCCCGUGA